AUGCGUCCAACCACUCAGGUUGCCUUGCUGGCUACUCUUAGCUUGGCCGCACCACUAGCCGAGAGGGCCGAUGAAGUCUGGCACGUGACAAGAUUCGCCGCCUAUAUGGCAGCCCAUUCCAUUACUCAGAUUAUCACCUUUUCCGUGGAGCUACCGGGAAGUGAAGGGCCAGUUGAGUGUAGUACGGGAGGGAGUGCCGCACUUAGCAGCACACCUUUUCUACUUCCUGUCAACGGCACCUGUGUCGAGGGCUCAGGACUCAGCUUUAACUUUACUCAGGUCGAAGACUUUGCAAUCAAGCUUCAAGUAAAUAAUGAAGAAGGUGUCCAGGCCACCCACACCAGUGACCCAAAUUCGGUCAAGUUUGUGAGCACAGGCUCGACCCCUCUGGACACAAUGACGGCCUAUGUUGGGCUGCAGGACUAUGAUCUGACUGUAGCUGGCGAAUACAACUAA